GUCAUUAUCUACGUUUUAUUAUAUUUCGAUCCAGAGUUUUUUGGUGCGAAUUCGCGUAUGUACUUUUAUUUUUAGGCCUUUACGACUGAUUUCCCUCGUUCGAAAAAUGUAAUCAAUUUUCGACUGUCUCCCGAAACUAUUCACCACCAGAUAAAUAUCCCAGCUAUAUUUUCUUGUUACGAAUUGUUACCAGUGUUCAGAUAACAACCCGCGUCUAGGCAGCAAUGGAAUGCACCAGCAUUGGUACAGUUUCUACAAGCUCGAUAUUCGCCAUUUGACAUUUGACAACACAUAAAAUCCGGUAAGUCUUAAUUUAUUGUCAAGCUAUUUCCUAGAACGCUUCGUAUCUAGCGCACAUCACAAACUUUUCGCAAUAUAAAUUAACGUUUCGAUUCAUUUACGUACUAAUAUUAUCAACAUCUUUGGUUAUGGUAGGAAAUUUGAGUUCUAAUACUGUGUAUUUUUGGCAAUUAUUAAUUUUAUUAAACAUUCAUUUAUAGUCUUCAGAAUAUACUUAUAUGUACCUAUAUUCAUAAUGCAAUUACCAAGGUACUUAUGUUUACAAAAUCAUGUUCAUAAGAAUUGUCUAUAAAAUAUUUAUUUUGUUUCCUAUUCACUUUUAACCACGUUUUUAAGUUGUUAGAUGUCUUCAUAUAAAUUAAAUUAGCCCAAACCUUCUAAUUCAAUUUCAAAAUGAUAACAAAGUAAUUGAUAACCAAUUCAUUACAAUCAAAUAUUCCUAUUUACCUAGGUAAGUAUAUUUCUUAAUUUUUCCUGUACCUUUGAUGGGAUAAUUAAUUUUGCAUUAUUACAUCUUAAUUUGAAUUUUUAACAUACAAUUUAAAUUAAUUUAUUGGGUUAUAAAUUCAAAAUUGCCAAUUUACAUAAAUUUUUAUUCCUGAAAAUGUCAAAUUUCAACUAACCAUAAUAUUUAUCUAUUAUUGUUUCCCAUCAAUUACCUAGACGCUUAAUAACCUAGUAAAAUAUUUUACAUUUUGAUUUUGAUAUGUUUUACAUUAACUUGUUAAUUGUUAUAUAGUUAAAAUGCGCUUUUAAUAUACUAAAUUACUCUUUCAUUAGAAAACGUGGUGUGGAAUAUAUUUUGUUAUUAAAAUUUGUAUACAAUCCGUACUUUUAUCAUAUCUAGUAUUCACAUAAGUUUUAAUCAAAAAUUAUAUUAAUUAAAUAUGAUAGUAUAGGCUAUCUUUGUAAUUCAGGUUGCUUAGUGGUGAUAUGUUUUAAAAUUGAAUUAUAUUUACAUAAAACUUGCUGGAAUUUCACCCAAAAUGAAUUAGAAAUUUAUUUUAGAAAUGUAUAUGUUUAUAUAAAUUUUAGAAUUUUAGUUUUUUAGAACCAUAUAUAGACAUAAUAUUAUAUAGUUAUUGUCCUAAUUUAUUAUCAACCCUUUUAUUUGUAUUUUAGUUACCUAUAGGCUAUAAUUCAAAUUUAGUUAGGUAUACAAUAACUUACAGUCACGUUUAUCUAUACGAGUAGUACCAAUCCAUUAACCAUAAUUAUUAUUGUGACAGUUAAUGUCUAUGCAAUUUUUUUUUAAAUUAAUAACAUUUGUUUUCAGUUGAAUAGUUAAGCAUAAUCAAGAGAAUAUAUUUAAGCCUUCAUUUUCAACUCUGCUAUGUGGUAAGUACAUACAAAUUAUUUUAAUAUUUUUUAAAAAGAAUUAUAUAUUUCAUUUAAGAAAUGGAACAAGUAAUUCUUUUUUUUAUAUUUAUUUCUAUCUAGUAGUUAGGUAAUGAAUCCUAUAAUCACAUAAAUAAAUGAAUGAUUUUUAUUGUUUUAUCAAUUUAUGUUGAUACCUUUAAAUUAAUAUUUUAAAGGAAAUUCACUUCAUUAAAAUUUGUCAUGUGAUAUUUGUAUAGUUAAAUUUAUUAUGUCUUAUAUUAUAGGCAUCGAUGCUGCACAAGGCGGAGAUAAUUUUUUAUCAUUUGCAAACUAAGUAUGUCAUAUAGAACUAAACGUCAACCGAUCUCUAAAGAUGAAUGUCCAUGUAAGUAUUAUUUAAAACAAUUUAAAAAUGAUAGGUUUUAUAUUUUUAAUUUAAUUAUAGUACCGACAAAGAGGCGGAAGGGGCGCCCUUCGACGUUACAGGAAGAAGAAGAAGCGUCCUCCUUAGAUACUCAAAGUGGCUCACGUUCAGAUAUGAAAAUACCAUCAUCAAUUUAUAAUACACGAACUACUACUGAUGCACCAGCAGAAGUAAAUUUUUAUUUACACUUUAUGAUAUAUUUUAAAAGAAUCUUCAUUAUUAAACGCAAUUUACCUUUGUAGUUAUUUCGCAAAGACUUAAUCAGUGCCAUGAAGCUUCCUGAUUCUGAACAGUUAUCUACUGAUGCUUAUUGGAUUAUAAGUGACCAAUGGAAGCAAGAGUGGGAACGUGGUGUACAAGUACCAGUUAAUCCCGACUCUUUGCCAGGAUCAAGUGUUCACGAAGUACCAGUUGUUUGCUUGCAAGCUUUAAUAAAAUCCCCUAAACGUUCACCAUCAUCAAUUUAUCAUUCACAGCAUAAUGAAUUUAAACUGUAUGUAUUACAAAUAUGUAAUUAUCUUCUUUGAAUAUGUUGUUAAUUUAAUAUUUUGUUUCAGGCCAAAACACAAGUAUAUUCGUAUCACUAAAGAUGAACAUUUUAAAACUGAAGAACAUCAGUUAUCACUUUUACCUUUAAAAGCUGAAAAAUCUUGUUCCUAUGAUAUGGAUGAUGUAGAUACUGCAUGGCUAAAAUUGUGUAAUGGUGAAAGAUCGUUAGGAGGUAAUUUCAUCAUAUUAAAAAUAUUAUUAUGUUCUAUUAAUUGUAAAUAAAAUGAUGUUUUAUUAUCAGGUUUACCAAAAAUAAAAGAUGAUCAAUUUGAACGUGUAAUGGAAGAAUUAGAAAUGAGGUGUUGGGAAAAAGUGCAAGCAAUAAUUAAAGAAGAAGAAGGCCUGGGUAUUGAAUAUGAUGAAAAUGUUAUAUGUGAUGUGUGUCGUUCAGUGAGUCAUUAUUAGUACUUAUUUUCCUGAUUAGGUUCAACAUUUGAAAUAUGAUCAAAUGUUGGGUUUUUAUAAAGGUUUCUAUUAUUGCAUAGUUUAAAUAUCCAUGUAGUCUACUAUACAUUUAUUGCUAAUUUAAUAUGCUAACUAGUGUCCAUUAUGUCAUGAAAUAACUAUAUAAACAUUUUUAUACCAUCUUUUUAAUUUAGUAUAGAUAUAAGUUAUUCUGUUUAAGAUUUUAGUGUUAUAUUAAAUAAUAUAAUUUGUAGUAUUUAAUUUUUGUGCAUUUUUACCUCUCUCCCCUCUUUUAAACCUUUUUGGGUAUGUAUAUCAAUAUAUAGGAAUUAAAAACCCAAGGAAAAAUCAUUGCCGCCCCAUGGUCUCUUCUUGCCCAUGCCUUUAAGUAUAAUAUAUUCUUAUCAUGAGGCACAUUGCUAAAAACAACCAUUUAUUUAUAAUUUUUGCUGCGAAUGCAAAUAGGCAGCGUUCUUAAAGUUUCAUAAGUUUAUUUAUUUUUCAUUGAUAUCAUAUAUUUAUAUAAUUAAUGAUAGAAUAGAAAAUAUUUAUUUGAAAUGUAUAAUAAAAUAACAUUAAAAGUAGUAUAUUAUAUUUGAAUUAAAUUGUAUAAAUACAAUUCAUACCAAAAAACAAUUGUUAAAAUUAGUUUCAAUUAUUUUAGUAUAAAACUUAAUAAUUAAAUUGUUUUUGAUUAUUUCUCAUUAGUUUUUAAUGUAGUCUACAACUUAAUAUUAUGUCUUGUAUGAAAAUUACAAACAGUCUUUAUAUUAAUAUUAUUUAUUGUUCUUUAGCCGGACUCUGAAGAUGGUAAUGAAAUGGUGUUUUGUGAUAAUUGCAAUAUAUGUGUUCACCAAGCAUGUUAUGGUAUUACCACAAUUCCAUCUGGUUCAUGGUUAUGUAGAACUUGUACUUUACGUUUUCGUCCUGAAUGUGUACUUUGUCCAAAUAAAAAUGGUGCAAUGAAAUGUACACGGUCAGGCCAUAAAUGGGCUCAUGUGUCUUGUGCACUAUGGAUACCAGAAGUUAGCAUUGGGUGUGUAGAAAAAAUGGAACCUAUUACCAAAAUAUCUAGUAUACCCGUAAGUAUGAUAAUGAUACAAAGUAGAAUACAAUUAACCAAAUAUAAUUAAAUGAUUUUAGCCUAGUCGUUGGGCACUUAUAUGUGUAUUAUGUCGUGAACGAGUGGGAGCGUGUAUACAAUGUUCAGUUAAAACAUGCAAAACAGCAUAUCAUGUUACUUGUGCUUUCAAACAUGGUCUGGAAAUGAGAGCAAUUAUAGAAGAUGAAAGUGCUGAAGAUGGAGUAAAAUUACGGGUUAGUAUUAAACAUUUUGAAUUUUUUUUUUUAAAUAAUAAUAUUUCAUUAAUAAUUUUUCAGUCCUACUGCCAAAAACAUAGUGUUACAAGUAAAAAAGAUAGAAAUUCUGGUUCAGAAGAUGAAGAUUCAACUAAAAGAAAACGUAAAGAUAUGACUUCCGAAGAAAAAAACCAAGCCAGAGCAGCAAAGUAUGUACAUUUUUAUGUAUAAUUUUUAUUUUUUAUAAUUGUCACUUUUUGUUUAGACUUCAAGAAAUUGAAGGUGAAUUUGAAAAACAUGUUAGUGUCAUUGAUGUUACACAAUGUCGAGAUGUUGACAAUGAUGGUAUUGUGUAUAUUUAUAACUAUUGGGUAUUAAAAAGAAGGUCUGGAAAUAAUCGUCCAUUGUUAUUACCAAAAUCUGAUGAUGGUGAUCUUCUUGGAAGACAACAAGAACAAGCAGAUUUAGAAAAACUUAAAAUGUUCGUCCAACUCAGACAAGAUUUAGAAAGGGUAAGCUAUAAAACUAAAAUUAAUUUGACUGUAAUGGUUUACUAUACAAUUUAAUUCUUUUAUUAGGUUCGAAAUUUGUGUUACAUGGUUAGUAGAAGAGAAAAACUUUCUCGGAAUUUACUAAGUUUGCGUGAGCAGACUUUCCAUAAACAAAUAGCCGUGCUUUCGGAUUCCAAGCUUAAUCUUAGUUCAGCAGAAGUAUCAGCCGUCCAAGACGCUAAUCACGGUCCUUCAAUCUAUGAUCGUUUAUACUCUUAUCCUGAUGCUCCAGAUUUAAGUACAGACUUUGAAACUAUGUUAUCACAUAUUGCUGGAGCUGUUUCACCAGAAAAAUCAAAUUACACUAGCAUGAAAUGGCCUUCAAGAGACAACCCAUAUAAAAGGUCAUAUGUCAAUGGAUCUAUUCGAUACUCAAGUAUGUCAAGUAGUAGUGAUCUUGAACUUAAACCUCCUAGGAUAAUUAGUAGUGAACAAUCAAGUAUGGAUGAAGCUAAAUUAAUUAAGUCAGUGUUGAAUAAACAUAAAUUGAAAGAAAAGAGGCUAAAUAAAAAGCGAUCAAAAACAAAACUUUCUACUGAUUCAUCUACAGAAGAAGAAAAUGAUAAAGUUAAAACAAAAUGGAGUACGUCACCUAAUAAAAAAUUAUUGCAAAUUGAAAAACAAUUUGGCAGUGAUGAUAGUGGAGAUGAUUCUUUACCUAAACUUUUAUCUAAACGUCCAACUAAGGUGAAUAAUAUUUAUUCAGACUCAGAUUCUGAGUUGUCAGCUAAACAAGAUGGUCUAUCUGUAACACAAACAAAGGCAGCUGUGAAAGAAUUAACUCAAGGAAAAUCCAAAAAUAAAACAAUAAAAGAUAAAAAUAAUUUGGUUUCUAAAACUAAAGAGACAUCAUUAGACAAAGAUAUUAAGAAAAUUAAAAAAGAAGACAUUAAAAAUAAUCCUACAUUGCCUUCAGAACUUAUUGUUGUACCUCAAAGGCAAGCUGCUAAGAAAGCUACUGAAAGUAUUCAUCGGGUGCAUGGUAAACAUGAUGAAAUGUCAUCUGAAAAGAAAUCUCCAGAAAAAUUGUUAGUAAAUAAAAAAUCUCCUGAAAGAGUUGGCUCUAAUAUUAAAUCUCCUGAUAAACAACAACCUAUCAAAAUUAAUAAAAUUAAAAACGCUGAAAAAUUAAGUUCAGUAGAAAAAGAAUCUGACUCUCAAGAUUUAUUCUCAUUUGUUCCUCAAAGGCAAGCAGCUAAAAAAGCUAUUCAAGGCAUUAAAAGUGGUAUGACAAAACCUAUAGAAGAAACCAAAGUAUCUGAACCUAUUAAAAAAGAAGAACCAGCUAAGUUAAGGCGUAGUACAAAGUCUUCUUUAUCCUCAACGUCAAGUAGCAGCUCUUCUAGCAGUUCUUCAAGCACAUCAAGUUCAUCUAGUACAUCAUCUUCAUCGGGUUCAUCUACUUCUGAUAGUGAUACAGAACCCGAAAAGAAAGCUAAAACUAUUGAUCGUGUAAGUCCAGUUAAAGAAGUUGGUAAAAUUAAAAGCCCUCCUAAAGCUAAGGGUUGGUUAUCAGAGAAUAAACCUAUAAAGAUAAGUUCCUCCUCUAGUAGUGAGUCGGAUAAAGACCAAAAAGUGAUCAGGGCGCCAGACAAGAAGCUUAAAACUUCCGACAGGCGGCCUGAACACAGGUUUCAGGAUCCGCCACCUAAGAGAGAGGAAUCUAGAAGAAAAUCGAUUGGAAGUGAUAGAUGCGAUACUGUUCAAGUCAUCACAUGUGGAGAUUCUAGUGUCGGGAGUGAUGGAAAUAGAAAACCAAGCGAUUGUGACCACGUUAGAACAUCACCUAGUCAGCCGGACGGAUUUAAGCUUGAAUAUGAAACGAAACAGCCCACACAUGCAGUUGAGGACAAAGAGAUUGAGAAGAAGUUGAAAUUUGAUGAAGGUGAUCAACGGGUUCUUAAAGAAGACCAUGGAUUUAACAAAAAUAUCCAAGAAGUUAAAAAUAAAAAUGUAACACCAGUACAACAUACUUCAGAUAAAGAAAAUAAGAAAACCGAUGAAUUAAACUUAUAUUUACCAAGUGGUCAUCGUCUAAAUGAUCUCAAAGAAGAAAAUUUAUUAAAUUCUUCAUUUUUAACUAGACAAGAUAUUGAAAGGGAAUUAGUUAAUAAUAUUGAUUAUGAUAAGAAAUUCUCCAAAAUGCCAUUUAAUUGUAAUAAUCAUUUUCCUGGAGGUCAAAGAUCUAUAUUUUCUCCACAACAGUGUAACAAAGAUAUUCCAGACUUUGACUUUGAUAACGAUAUGCUUGCUGUUGAACAAGCAGCAAAUGAAGAAGGUUUUGGACUAACAAGAGACACAGAUGUAAGAAAUGCCCCACUGUCUUUUUCAUUUAGCAAUGAAUUCCUCUUUAAAGAUGAUUCUAAAGAAGUAACAGCUAGAGAAACAUUGAACCUUGUUGAAAAGUUAAGGUUGGGAAUCACAAAAAUAUCUGUACCCCUAGAAAAUGAGAAUAUAGAAAAUAUUGAGUUAAAUGAAUCCUCUAAAGUAAUUGAUCCACCUAAACAAUCUGAACCAGAACAAAAAACCGAAAACACACUUUACAAUGCGUAUAAUAAAUUCCAUCAACAGUCCAAUGAAGUAGUUGAUGUGAAUAAAGUCCCGGAAAGAGACAAAUUGGAUAGAAGUGAAAGUGCUUUGUCUGACGAGAGAUGGGUACCACCUAGUCAGCGUAGUCAAGCAGAAUCCCCUUAUCAGGAUAUUAAUGAUGCCAAUCGUUGGUCAGAUAGUGUUGUCAUGCCAUCUAGACGCUCGGAUACAUCAAAUGAACCUUCUCCUGACCAUCGAGACCCAACUACAACAGAGUCAUAUCAACCCGUACAUCCAUUUCCAACAUCUGUGCCAAUGCAAAUGGAUAAUAUACAGUUUUCUCAAUAUUCAGAUCCAUCAUAUAUAUUGAACGCCCCACCUACAAGUAAUCAGUUAUCUUUUAUGUCUUCUUCGCGGGCUUUCAAUCCUCAACAAUUUGCAUUGCCUCAACCAUUUUCAAGCCAUUCGUUAAUGCCUGAAAUUAAUAAACCUUUACAUUUACAAACUCCGUGUACUGCAGCUUUUACUUCAUCAACUCAAAACAUGGCAUUUACUGCAGCCAUGAUAUCUCCAAUGACGCAUCACGAUAAUUUCAUUCCUCCUUUCAACGAUAUGAAUGUGUAUACUGAUAAUAAUCUUUUGAUGUGUGCAAAUAGUAAUAAUUUACCAUUACCAACAGAAUCUGUGAUGCAUAAUGUGCUUAAUACAAUAAGUCAAGCAUCUAAUAUGGAUAAUCAAAUGUCUAAUUUAUCAACAAGUCAAGCUUCUAGAGUGUCUAGUUGUAGCCAAGUACCUAGCAGUCAUAAUUUAAUCCCAGCUUCAACAAAUAACCAAACUCAAAUAAUUAGUGUACAAUCAUCAACAUCAAAUCACCAUCAAGUACCAAUUACUUCACAUAAUCCGACUGAACUAAUACCUGUAAUAUCAAUUUCUAAUAAUCAAGAACCAGUUAUUAGUCAAACUAAAGUAGUUACUAGUGUACAAGUAACAACUCAUGACGUUCAAUUAUCAACACAAACACUUGCACCUACAACAAACCAAGUACCUAUAAGCAAAACGUCUACCCCAGAUGUUUAUACUUCAUCAAUAAGUCAAGUCGAAGUUAGUCAAAACAUCAUUAAUCAAACUCCAGUGCAGACACCAAUCAGUAUUAGUCAAGUAUCUAAUCAAACUGUUCCAAGUAUACCGACUCCUAAACAAUCACCCGCUCUUCCCACAACUCCUUUACCUGAACGAUCUCCUAUGUCUAUUAUUGCUUCAUCUCCUUCAUUUACUAGUUCACCUCAUCCGAACCGAACACCCUCUGAUAAGAAAUCUCCUUCUAAAGCAACUCGAUCUUCGAGUCGUGUUUCUGCUCAAUCUUAUAAAUCUCCCGAUGUAGUUGAUCGAUCUCCUGAGGUUAAAAAACAAAACAAACGAGGGCCAAAACCUCAGUCAAAAAAUUCUGGACGUGGUCGAGGGCGAGGACGUGGGCGUUCAUCAAAUCACUAUGCUGAUUUUAAUCCUGCUGUUAGUAAACUUGCAGGUACUGUCUAUGAUCUUGAUUUCGUUGAAGAGUUUGGAAAUGAUAAUAAUGGUGUUAUGGAAAAUCUUCGGGCAAUGCGAGAACGUAAAAAGUCUGAUGUUAAAGCUGAAAGUAAAUCGCCUGUAUCUCCUAAAAUACAAAGCAGUCCAAAUAAUUAUAGAAGAAAACACGCUAGUGUUAAAGAACUUAAACCGCCAUCCCCAAUUGUAGAAAUCAAUCCUGAUGAUACAACAGCCCAAACGACAAUCGAUGAAUUGUCACCUAUGUUGCCAGGACCAGUCGACAUGAGAACGUAUAAUUCAUAUGAAAAUAUAACAUCAUACUCUGACAACAUUUAUGACACAAAUACCAAUGUUGACGACAAAGUAACUGAUAUGGUGAAUACUUUGAAAGAAGACUUACAGAACUUAUCAAAAUUAUCUGCUCAAGAUAAAGAAAAAGAUAUUGAGGAUCAGUUAAAUUCUUUUGAAGAGCAAAUAAAAACGGUUAAACCACCACUUCCUGUAGAAAAAGAACCAAUAGCUUCUAGUACAGUAUUACAAAGUGAAUCUAGGAAUCAAUUAAAAGUUAAAAUAAAAGGGCCAUUUUUAAAUGCAAAGUACAACAAUGUUCAAAAUCAGCCAAUAUUACCUACAAUUGAUACAUCAGCUAUAAUUAUGAAUAUACCAAGUCAUUCAGUUCCUCCUUCAGAAGCCCCUAGUUUACCAUCAAAUUUCAGACAAAUGAGAAAGAAAGAAUUACUUCGGCAAUAUUGUAACCAACAAGAUAAUAUAGAACAAACAACUAAUCAUCCUAUAGUACCUCCACUAAGCAGAAAUGUCAUUACAAUACCAAAAGCAGUAGCGUCUAUGACAACAAUUCCUACCAAGGAAGACUACAAAGCAGUAGUAGAUGCUAAUAUGGAAAAAAAGCGUACAAAGUAUGGAUUUGAUGAUCCAAAAUCCAAUUGUAUUAACAAUAUUCGUAAAUGUGAAACUAUAACACCCAAGCUCAAAAUCAAAAUUGGUGAACAGCCUAUGGUUACAACAAUGGAAGAAAAGCGGAGUCUUAGACCACCUAAAAAGCGUAUUUGUGAUACUCAAAAUGAUGAAACUAAUCAUUUGAUAGCGCCCACUAUGGAACAGUUACGACGUGAUAGUAUGAAAUUCCGAAAGAAAGUGUUUGCACGUUUUGAAGAAGAUGAUCUAGCUUCUUCAUCAAUUUCAGUAGCUCCUAGUACUGUGAAAAGUAAAAAGAAACGCAGGUCUAGUCCAUCAGUUUCGAGGAAGAAGAAACCACGCAUUAAUAAAGAAAUAUCUCAAGUUCAGGUGAUAGAAGCCAAACAAAGUACCCCUAAAUUAAUUAUUAGAUUUUCAAAAGCUGCACCAGAUGAAGCUGAAGUUAGUGAAGUAAAAGAACCUAAAAAAGCUUCCCCCAUUAAACUUAAAAUAUCUAGAUGUAAAGAAGGAUAUGUUAUGAAACCUCCUAGUAACCAAACCACCACUGAUACUUCAUUAAACAAUAACUGUGAAGUUCGGUGACGGUAAUACAAUUUUUUAGUUUGUAUAUAUAAAAUUAAUCUUAUCAAUGAUAAGUAUUAUGUGUAUGAAAUAUAUUAGUAAAAUGUAAGUUAUUUAUUUAAUUCUAAUUUGUACAUUUUUAUUUAUUUAUUUAUUUAUAUAUAUAAUAUUUAAUUUGAAUUGACAUGUGUAUGUAUAAUAUAAUGUGUAUAUUUGUAUUAUUGAAUUGUUGUUUUCCUCAAUUUGUUGUUAAUUGAAAUAAUAAUAUAAACAAAUGUUCUAUGAAUACUCCAAAUUGAUAUUAUCAUGUUAAGGCCAGCAGAUGUCAAUUAAUUAUAAUUUUGUUAUCUAGUUUAAGUUAAAAUAAAUUUACAUGUUAACGUGCAAUACGUAAAAUAAUGUUAUUUUUUUUUUUAUUUAACUAUUUGUUAACCUUUUUCAUUAAAAUCGAACAAUUUUUUUUUCAUUUUGUACUUGUUAUAUUACCAAUUAUUUUUAAAGUUUACGUUAUUAUAAGUCUUGGGUUGUUUUUUAGCUGUGAUUGUUUUAUUUUUUUGACAACAUGACGAAAUGGUCCUAAAAUAAAUGCUUGUAAUAGAUAGGGUUUAUUCUUCUAUUUUUUCCAAAUUUGAAUAUAUAUAUUUUUUUUUACUUACAUUUUUAGUCAAUAUACAGUUAUUUAGCUUUAAGUAAAUUUAAUAAAAUUGACAUUUAGUCAAAGAUAAAAGAUCUCAAUUUUCACUUUUGUUAGAUUUUAAGAUUUUAUAAUAGAAUUUAAAAUAAAUAAUUAAUAUAUAGGACUACUUUAUUAGCUAAAACAAAAGUCUUAAACUGUUGAUAGAGUAAAAUAAUAUCGGUUUUAAUUUGUAGAUAUUUUUUUUUACGUUUAUGUUUAUAAUUUAAAUAAAGCGUUUUGAUUCUAAAUAAUUAAUGGACGUCUAUGUUUUUUUAUUUAAAAAAAAUAGACAAUCUUAACAUUUUAAGGUAAUCACACAUCGGUAGGUUAAUAUUAAUACAAUUUUUAUAUAAUUGUAUUUUAUAAGUGUUCAAAGUAUUAUUUUAUACCAUGAUGUUUUAAAAUUUCCAUAAUUUUAAGAUAGCUCAACUGGCAGACUUUUCAUAAUAAAAAAAAAAUUUAAAUCUUGUGUGUAAAACUGAAUUAACCAUUUUACAAUUUUAUAGAAAUUAAUUUUUUUUUUGUUAACCAUUUUGUACAAACUAUUCCAUAAUAAUCAUAAUAUAUACAUACAUAUUCUUCUCUAAC